GUGCGGGGCCUGCCCAUGAGAGAGCCCGUGUGGUUGCCCCCCGGCUCGCCCAGCAUGGCCUACCACCCCUUCCUGCCCCACCGGGGCCCGGACUUCGCCAUGAGCGCCGUCCUGGGCCACCCGCCGCCCUUCUUCCCGGCCCUGGCCCUGCCCCCCGGCGCCGCCACCGCCCUCUCCCUGCCCGGCGCGCUCGCCAAGCCCCUCAUGGAGCAGCUGGUGGGCGCCGCCGACGCCAUGCCCUUCUCCAGCCUGGGCAGCCAGGCCGCCGCCGCCGCCGCCGCCGCCGCCCACCUGCGGGGGCCCCUCAAGAGCCUCGAGCCCGAGGACGAGCCCCCCGUCGAGGACGACCCCAAGGUCCACCUGGAAGCCAAGGAGCUCUGGGAGCAGUUCCACAAGCGCGGCACCGAGAUGGUCAUCACCAAGUCCGGCAGGAGAAUGUUUCCCCCCUUUAAAGUCCGCUGCACCGGCCUGGAUAAGAAGGCCAAAUACAUCUUGUUGAUGGAUAUUGUGGCGGCCGACGACUGUCGCUACAAGUUCCACAAUUCCCGCUGGAUGGUGGCCGGGAAGGCCGACCCGGAGAUGCCCAAACGGAUGUACAUCCACCCGGACAGCCCGGCCACCGGCGAGCAGUGGAUGUCCAAGGUGGUCACUUUCCACAAGCUCAAGCUCACCAACAACAUCUCCGACAAGCACGGAUUCCAGACCAUCUUGAACUCCAUGCACAAGUACCAGCCCCGGUUCCACAUCGUCCGGGCCAACGACAUCCUCAAGCUCCCUUACAGCACUUUCCGGACCUAUGUCUUCCCGGAGACCGAGUUCAUCGCCGUGACGGCUUAUCAGAACGAUAAGAUCACGCAGUUAAAAAUCGACAACAACCCCUUCGCCAAAGGCUUCCGGGACACAGGGAACGGGAGGCGAGAGAAAAGGAAGCAGCUGACCCUCCAGUCCCUGCGGGUCUACGACGAGAGGCAGAAGAAGGAGGCGGGCACUUCGGACGAGUCUUCGAGCGAGCAGACGGCCUUCAAGUGCUUCGCCCAGUCCACCUCCCCCGCCAUCUCCGCCGUGGGCACCUCCAACCUCAAGGACCUGGGCGCCAGCGACGGGGAGAGCGACUCGGAGAGCAAAGAGGACCUCUCGGAGGCCAGCGACGCCGGGAAGAUCUCCACCACCACGGCCUCCUCGGGCGGGGAGGGCCGGGAGAAAGGCAGCCCCGCCAAGGCCUCCUCCUCCUCGUCGUCCUCGUCCUUCUUCGUCUCCAAAGCGGCGCCGGACUCCCGGCACAGCCCGGCCACGAUCUCCUCCAGCACGCGGGGCCUGGGGGCCGAGGAGGCGCGCUCGCCGCCGCCGCCGCCGCUGAAGGAGCCCUGCCCGCCUCCCUUGGCGCUGCCCAGCGAGAGCUCCGCCGCCUCCGCCGCCGCCUCCGCCGCCGCCUCGGCCCACCUGCCCGCCCUGGCCGCCUUCCCUCCCAGCCUGGGCAGCCCGCCCUUCUUCGGCCCGCUGGGCAACGGCCCGCCGCCGCUGCUCCUCCACCCGGGCCAGUUCGCCAUGGGAGGCGCCUUCUCCGGCAUGGCCCCGCUCCUGGCCACCGUCUCCGGCGCCUCCGCCCUGCCCGGCCUCGACAGCUCCGCCGCCAUGGUCACCGCCGCCGCCGCCAACGCCGCCGCCGCCGCCGCCCUCCCCUUCCACCUCCAGCAGCACGUCCUCGCCUCGCAGGGCCUUGCUAUGUCUCCCUUUGGCGGCCUCUUCCCCUAUCCGUACAGCUACAUGGCCGCUGCCGCCACCGCCGCCGCCGCUGCCGCUUCGUCCUCGUCCUCGUCGUCGGGCGCCGGGAGUCCCGUCCAGCGGCACCCGUUCCUCUCGGCCGUGCGUCCCCGCCUGCGCUACAGCCCCUACUCGCUCCCGGGGCCCCUGCCGGACAGCAGCGGCUUGCUGGCCCCCGCCUUGCCGGCCUCCUUGGGGCUGCUAGGGGAGGGCAAGGCCCUGGGGGUCCCGCCUUGCCCGGGGGGCCCCUCCGCCUUGGAGGCCUCCGCCGCCUCCUCCUCCUCCUCCGGCUCCUCGCUCUCCCUCUCGCCCAAAGCGGACAAGGAAGGCGCCAGUGAGCUCCAGAGCAUCCAGCGCUUAGUCAGCGGCUUGGAGGCCAAGCAGGACCGGGAGAGGAGCGGGUCGCCUUAAGGCAGGAAGGAAGGAAAGAAAGAAGGAAGGAAGGAAGGAAGGAGAAGGAAGGAAAGGAACCCCCCUGCCCAAGGAGAGAAAGAAGUCCGCCUUCCUUCUCACCCCUGUCGCCCCCUUUUGGUCUGAAAGGAAAGGGCAACCCCCUUGGA